CCAGAACAGCAGCUGCUUCAGAACAAGCCUCCACUGCCUCUCCUCCUCCUCCGCUCUUUUUUGAGCUUGGCUUCUGUUGCUAUGCUGCCGUUUACGAGCAUCGGCGAGGCGGAGGCGGCCCUGGGGAGGAACCUGACGGCGGUGGAGGGGGUCUGGUUCCAGUACUCCGCCGGCAUGCAUGACUUCUGGCUCUACGCCCACAACAUCGUCUUCCUCCUCCUGGUCUACAGUGUCGCCCCGCUCCCCGUCGCCUUGGCGGAGCUGAAGCGCCCCAAGGCCAUCCACAAGUACAAGCUCCAGCCCAAGGUCCACGUCCCCGUCGCCGACGUCCUCAAGUGCUACAAGAACGUCGUCAAGACCUUCCUCUUUGCCGUCGGCCCUCUCCAGCUCGUCUCCUUCCCCACCAUCAAGUUGGUGGGGAUUCGGACGGGGCUGCCGCUGCCGUCGGUGUGGGAGGCGGCGGCGCAGCUGGCCGUAUACUUCGUGGUGGAGGACUACUUCAACUACUGGCUCCACCGGGCGCUGCACAGCCGGUGGGGCUACGAUCACAUCCACCGGGUGCACCACGAGUUCUCGGCGCCGGUGGGGUUCGCCGCCCCCUACGCCCACUGGGCGGAGGUGCUCAUCCUCGGCUUCCCUGCCUUCCUCGGCCCCGCCAUCGCUCCCUGUCACAUCCUCGUCUUCUGGCUCUGGUUCGUCCUCCGCCACGUCGAGGCCAUCGAGACGCACUGCGGCUAUGACUUUCCUCAGACUCCCACCAAAUACAUCCCAUUCUAUGGAGGUGCGGAGUACCAUGACUACCAUCACUAUGUUGGAGGGAGAAGUCACAGUAACUUCGCAUCGGUGUUCACCUACUGUGACUACAUAUAUGGAACCGAUAAGGGCUACAGAUAUCAGAAAGGACAACUUGCAAAGCUGAAGGAGCAGGAGGAGGCAAAGAAUCAAAAUGGGGAAACGAAUGGCAUGUGGGAGAAGUAUGAUUGAGUGUUUAAGCUGUUGGCAGCCUUAAUCAUGUGGGUUAUGAGUAAGGUUUAAGCUGUAGUCAUGCUGAUAGCAUGUUAUCCAGGGAAGCCUUUGCAUCUGCAGUUGUAAGCUUUCAGUGCUCCAUAUUGCCGUAUAUAAUGGGCACUCUAAUUACCUCAA